AUGGACGCACCGAUCAUGAUGAAGCAGUACGAUGCUGCUCCAAAAGCAGCCCUGCCUCACGAUCUUCCCCCGACCGAGCUCUCCGUCCCCGGCCCCAACUCAGUCACCCUCGCAAAGAAGCGAUCCCAAUGGUCCUGCAUCGACGACAACCGCCUCCGAAACAACCUCUUCGCCGCCGUCGGUUUUCUCGAACUCGCCAACGCAGGCGACUUUGCCGCCAACGUAUGGAACGAUGUCCCCGUCCCCAUCUACGCCAUCGUCUUCAUGGCAAUUGGCGGAACUUCUGCCUUUGUCCUCUCAAUCUGCGCUUUUUUCGACUCCAGAAAAGCUUGGAGAAAUAUCAAGUUCUUGCGACAGCAGAAACAGUACCUCGAGACGGAAAAGGAGAAUCUACCUGCUGGGACUGAUUCGCGGGGUCUUGAUGUUUUCAUCGAGAUCACGACAAGGGAACUACGAAUUGAGAUAAUUAAUCGGUGGGCUAUGGACUUGCUGAUGGGAGGGGGCGCGAUGUUGAUCAGCAUUGGUACAUACAUGGCUAUUGGCGGAGCAAACAGAAAGGUCUGGCAUGCGAGUAAUAUCCUGUCCGGAUAUCUCGGCAACGCCCCCAUCGCGCUAUUCGGUCUCAUCAGUGCGAUUUGGGCGUCCAUGGUAGUCUCCAAGAUGCGAUCCCACGUCACCGUCGCAAAGAAAGAACUUCAAGGCUCGCCAUCACUUCCGUUGUUGAAGCAGAGAUGUUUCAACGUCCAGCUCUUUUUCACCCUCAACGGCAUCGCGAAUGUUCUUGGAGGAGUUGGUUCAAUGAUCACGGCUGAGCGAUGGUGGGGUUAUUGUAUCCUUAUUCCUGUCAUUGUCACUUCGAUCUUUUGCAACGUUUGGUGGCGACACAGAGUUGGAUAUGAUCGGCCUUGCAUAUCUGCUAUACCGCCAUUGACCGUUGACAACAUCACUGAGGCGCUCGAGUCGACUUCUCAACUGCGACACACGAUUCAAGACGGCGCAGGCGUCGAUCUUGAGCAGACAUUUGGAGAAGAGGUGACUCUGCAGGAUGUUCUGGAGUUAUUCGUCAAACAUGACCUCUUUGAGCAAUUCAGUCUGCGAUUAGUUGCCAACAAGAAGAUUGGCCACUUAUUCGUCAAGGCGCAGGAGCUUCGAGUGCAAGUCAGUGUCGCUAGCAUCUUGGAUUUACCAGAAGAACAUCAUCCUCUCAUUCUGGCAGCAGCAGUGCGAUUCUUGAAGAAGCAAGGACCGAGACACUUGUUGCACCGAGAGAGGUUUCUGGUUGAAGUGCUGGGAACCUACCUUCACCAGGAGAAGAAGAGCCGGACUGUGGAAGUCGAAAAGUAG